CAAAGAGAUUAUUAUCUUCUCCUCCGGCCGGCUGCCUAUAAAGCAGUGAUGAUCAACCACACGCCACUGUGUGUCUUGUAGUGCAUGAUUCCCAGCAGGUCGCCACCUCUCGGAGUCGGAGAGGGACAGACAGACAGAGAGAGGGGGACCAAGCAGGAGGGUCUAGGCGUAUAGCUAGCUGAGCCAUGGCCAAGCCUCACGUCCUGGUGCUGCCGAUGCCGUGCCAGGGCCACGUCACGCCGCUCAUGGAGCUCUCCCACCGCCUGGUCGACCACGGCCUGGAGGUCACCUUCGUCAACACCGAGGUGGACCACGCGAUGGUGGUCGCCGCGCUGCGGGCGUCCGGCGGUGAGGCGGCGCUGGGCGGCGGCAUCCGCCUGGCGUCCAUCCCGGACGGGCUGGCCGGCGACGAGGACCGCAAGGACCCCGACAAGCUCAUCGGCGCCUACACGCGCCACAUGCCGGGCCACCUGGAGCGGCUCAUCGCCGACCUGGAGGCCGCCGGGCGGCCCAGGGUCAAGUGGCUCGUCGGCGACGUCAACAUGGGCUGGUCCUUCGAGGUCGCCAGGAAGUUCGGCAUCCGGGUCGUGUCCUUCUGGCCGGCGGCCACGGCGUGCUUCGCCAUCAUGCUCAAGAUCCCCGAGCUGAUCGAGGACGGACUCAUCGACGACAAGGGCUUGCCACGGCGGCAGGAGACGUUCCAGCUCGCCCCGGGGAUGCCGCUGCUGCACACGUCACAGCUGUCGUGGAACAACGCCGGCGCGCCGGAGGGCCAGCACAUCAUCUUCGACCUGGUCACCCGGAACAACAAGCUCAACGGCCUCGCCGAGAUGACGGUGGGCAACUCCUUCCACGAGGCCGAGCCCGGCGCGUUCACGCUCUUCCCCGGCAUCCUGCCCAUCGGGCCGCUGUUCGCCGACGGGGAGUUCCGGAGGCCCGUCGGGAGCUUCCUGCCGGAGGACGAGCGGGGCGUCAAGUGGCUCGACGCGCAGCCGGACGGUUCCGUCGUGUACGUGGCCUUCGGCAGCAUGGCCAUCUUCGACCCGCGCCAGUUCGAGGAGCUCGCCGAGGGGCUGGAGCUCACCGCCCGGCCGUUCCUGUGGGUGGUGCGCCCGGACUUCACCCCCGGCCUCAGCGAGGCGUGGCUCGCCGAGUUCCACCAGCGCGUCGCCGGCAGAGGCAUGAUCGUCAGCUGGUGCUCCCAGCAGCAGGUCCUGGCGCACCGCGCGGUGGCGUGCUUCGUGUCACACUGCGGGUGGAACUCGACGAUGGAGGGGGUGCGGAACGGGGUGCCCUUCCUGUGCUGGCCCUACUUCUGCGACCAGUACCUGAACCGGAGCUACAUCUCCCGCGUGUGGAGGACCGGCCUGGCGGUGUCCCCCGACGCGGACGGGGUCGUGACCAAGGCGGAGGUGAGGAGCAAGGUGGAGCAGAUCAUCGGCGACGCCGAGAUCAGGCAGAGGGCGCGGCUGUUGAGGGACGCGGCUCUCCGGUGCGUCGGCGAAGGGGGAUCCUCGUACGAGAACUUCAAAAAGCUCGUGGACCUGCUAAGCGAGUGAGUAGUUGGCUUGGGGAGCCAGCAUCAUCUUUUUUUUUUAAAGAAAUUUUAUUAAUUUCAAGUUUGAUACAUCGUCUUGAAAUGUUCCCGGCCUUUACCCUAAUGACACACAACCCUACCAAAAAGUUUUUAAUAGAAACCAAACACAUUAAUAGCUGUCAAUCCUAAGACUAGAUUGCCAUCCAUGCACCCGGGCAAAAAAGUCAUUGGCCACCUAGGCCAAAAAAUACGACACCGCCACAAGGGUGUCCUGCGAAGAGGGCUGUUGUAGGAUAGCCCAUGUUCGUAACCAAUGUGUAGUUGCGAAGAUCAGCUGCAAGAAAGAAUAUUUUUUGUUAUCAAAUACCAUUGUAUUUCUGCCGCCAAACAGACGAGUAAAAGGCUGCAGUACCUACCAGGGAGCCAGCAUCAUCUACAGUCUAUGAUGUGUUUCUGGUGCUCUAUUGUGUUUGUGCAGUCACCAAUUGGUGCAAGUGCAUAGAAAACGGCUGUACUAUGGAGGUAUGGACAGAUCAAUCAAAUACAGCAUCUACCAUCUUAUUCACCGACCAAUUACAUUGUCCGACUAAGAUCCUGUUUGUUUACAAGCAUGAUUAUAUAAUCUAGAUUAUAGGCAAUGAAUUAUAUAUUCUGGAUUAUUAUAAAUUUGAGAGAAACAAUUUAUGAGCUGUUUGGCAACAUAGAUUAUCUGAGAUCUAAGAUUACUAUAAUCUGAAAUAACCAUGUUUACAGCAGUUUAUGGAUUAUUAUAAUCUAGGAGGGUAGAUUAUAUAUAAUCUAUUGAAUAAGCUGGAGUGUUUGUUCCCUUGUGAGAUUAUUUUUCAGAUUUUAAGCUGGAUUAUAUAAUCUUAUUGGCAAACAAAAAUGGCCUUCAUUUGCGUUGUGAUCAUGAUCGGAUCAUGUAUCAAAAUGUUGGUGUCUAAUUUAAUAUCAUGUUGAUUUGUACACUGAAUCGAGAAAUCAAAAUGGCACUUCUAUAGGUGGUAAUGAAUCUGUGAAUGGAAGUAUUUAUGUUAUUCCAAACACAUGGCAUAAUCUCUAGGAAAUCAUGACAAUGUUGGUGUGUGAUCCAGGGUUAACAAUUUCGGCGGAAUUUCGGUAAAAAUUUCGUUUUCGCUAGUUAUCGGGAAGUGAAAUUUCGGUAUUUUUCGGUAAAUUUCGUUUCGAAAUUUAAAAAUUCAAAAAAAUUUGUAAAAAAAUAUAAUAAAAAACUAGGUGUUUUUUUGAGCGAGUAGCACUUGAAAUCGUUCAAAUAUAAGUUGAUUUGGUUGGUUAAAAUCACUAAAUGGGUUCGGACCCGUUAACGUUGAGUAGAUCCGAGCGGAUUUCGGUGAUUUCCCGGCGAGAAACCGGUGAAAUCGACCGGAUUUCGCCGCGGCUCUUGGAACUUAAGGUAUGAGAAGUUUUUUUUGAUGUUGAUGCUUGUUGAUGUCGAUCUAAGUUAGUUGAUUUGAGAUUCUAGAGACCAUGUGACAUAGAAUGCAUAGAAAAAACCAGUUAGUUGAUAUGUAUGAAUUUUUUCAUGUUAGUUGAUAUGUAUGAAUUGCUAGUUUUAAUGAAUUGUUAGUUUAUGUGAUAUUCAUGGAUUGUUAGUAGGUAUUUAUAAAAAAGAACACGAGUUGCUACUUCAUGUGAUAUUCAUGAACUUACACCUUGCUAUUCAUGAACUUCAUGUGUUAAAUGAUAUAUUUGUCAUUGUUUUGUGGAGUUAUAUAUAUGUUAUGCAUUAUAAACUAUCAAUAUACACAAAAUCAGGCGAAACUCUGCCAAAAUUUUCAAUUUUUUCAUAUAUACAUAACACUGACAUCAUUUUCUGUUAAUAUGCAUCAUUUUCCGGUAGAAAAACCACGAAUUUCGGUCGAAAUCACCGAAAUUUCGCCCGGAAUUCAUCGGAAUUUUGUUUUUGAAUUCAAAAGCCCCUUUCGUUCGAAAAUAGCGAAAUCCGCCGAAAUUUCGGCCGAAAUUCCGUUUCGGAUGAUCGCGGGAUUUUAAGAAAAAACGGAAAGGUUAACCCUGAUGUGAUCUAGUGGUUAUUAAUUUAAUUAUUGCAGGAUAUGGUUCUAGUAACUUGACAAGUUUUGUAUAGAGUUGAAUUUCCGGCUUUGCAUUAUUGCGAUAUGUUGCUGUUUCUCUCAGAUUGCCAUGACUGUAAUUCUGUAAAUGUGCCAUAGAAAUGGUAACUCAUAUAACUGCUAUUUAAGUCUUAUGGUUGUAAUUGUUAUGUUGGCUAUUGUUAAUGUGGAUCAAA